AUGUGGCCUUGGUCCGGUUCGUCCGACGUUGAUGCGCCUUGGGAGGUGGUGGAUGCCAAGAGCGUCGAUCCCGUAAAGAUGUACGACGACGAAGACAGUCUUGAUAUUAUCCGCAUAAGCCAUACUUCCCUCAAAGCUUCGUACGUCUUCAACGUCAAGACACAGUACGUGCACGAGGACGAUACUAGUGGCCACAAGGUCGACCUCCAGGCUGCGCUGCGUUUCACGCGCGCACGCGUCCUGCAGGAGGCCUCACGGCUUGGGUAUAACACGCUGUUGCUUGAGGGAUGGUCAAUCACACUUCUUCGGAAGCCCUCUCGUUCUACGCAUCAUACCCUCUUUCGAAUGGCCCUUCGCUAUAUUGCCCGACCUGCGUUCGUUCAUACUCCAGGGGAGCGGUUACCUCCCCCGUUUCUCGACUUACUUCAGUAUUGGGGAGAGGAGACCGAGAAAGCAUACCUUACCGGUGAAGAAGCUACGGGCGUAGUCCUACUCGUGAGGUCGACGACAAAACGAUCUUCAGAAGACAAAGAGAAGCUCGUGCUCGACCAGGGUGACGUCCGACAAGUCGGAAGUAGCUGGCAUUGGGGUUCAUGUAUAAAGCUUCGAUUGCGAAGGUAUAAGGUAUAA